AUGCACGACAUCGCUUUCGAUCUACACAAUCCGGGAUGGACACCGGAGGCUAUUGAUUGUUUGGCCGACGCCCUUGUGGAGUAUUCUGACGUGGCUCAUUCAACAUUCCACAUUUCCGUGGGCUUCUCCUUUAGUUGUCAUCCCCAAGAAGACGGAUCUGUUCGCAUCACCGUCAACUACAAACGUCUCAACGCUCUGGUGGAUUUGGAUGGACAACCUCUCCCUCGAGUGGACGGUAUCUUGGAUUCUCUGUACACCGGGAAAGUGUUCUUCAUCUUCGACCUCAAUUCGGAUUUCUACCAGAUCAUUUGUGAUGAAGACACUGUCCCGCUCACCGCCUUUUGCACUCCCACGCAGUUGUUCGAAUGGCUUCGGAUGCCGCAGGGCGCCAACGCAAGUCCGUCUUGGUUCGUCAAGGUCAUCAACAGAGUGGUGCACGGUCUGGAGCGUGUGCUUGCUUAUCUGGACGAUGUCAUCUGUUUCGAUGAGGAACCUCUGGGACACGUGCUGAACUUGAUCGAGUUCUUCAAACGACUGCGACAGUACAACCUCAAACUGUCUCCAGGGAAGGGUCGCGUCGGCGCCACGCACGCCAACUUUCUCGGUCACACCAUCUCUCCGGCAGGUGUUAGCCCUGAUGGCGUCAAGGUUAGGGCGCUCACGCACAUGCCGCCGCCGACGAAUGUUCAGCAGCUUCGGGGCCUUCUCGGUGGACUCAGUUACUAUCGGAGAUUCCUCAAGAAUCUCGCCACCAAGGUGCGGCCUCUCAAUCCUCUUCUCAAACAAGGCGUCCCCUUCAAGUACACCCCGGGCAUGGUCAAGGUUGUCAAAACGUUGUUAAGCGAACUCGCUCGCCCCCCGAUUUUGGUCUUCCCGGAUUGGGCAGCAAUCGAGGACAACAGCCGUCCUCUUCGUUUGUGUUCCGACGCGUGUAUCGACGGUUUUGGCGCCUCCUUGGAACAAGAACAGCUCGAUGGCUCGGUGAGACCCAUCGUGUACAUCAGCCGCGCUACUCUUCCUGCGGAGCGUAACUGGACCGUUUUGGAUCUGGAGGCUGGUGGCAUUGUUUGGGCCAUCAAACGCCAUCGCGGUUAUCUGUGGUCGACCAAGUUCAUCAUCUAUUCGGACCACAAAGCAUUGGAGAGCAUUGGCAAGGUUGGGGAACACAACGCUAGAGUGCAACGAUGGCUGGAAUUCCUGUCCAACUUCACCUACCCGCUGAAAUAUCGGAAAGGGACCGCUCAUUUCUUCACGGACUCGGGCCAAAACUACCGCUGUUUCCGGAGGCUCCGUCACCGGUCGCGCCUAUUUCGGACGCCAGUCGCGGGCUACCAUCGUCCCUCGGACAUCGUCACCUGCCCGUCAUUCCAGCAGGUCCCGCUCGACAAGCAGGUCCCGCUCGACAAACAAGACCACCCGGACCGCCGCGCGUCUGCUGCCGCCAUCCGCAACGCCGGCAUCGGCGUUUUCGUCGACUGCUCUUGCGCCACCGGUGUCUUCGCCGUCAGCGGCGCGCCCUGCAUCCCCGACUUCGCCUUCUCUACAGCGGCGGAAUUUACGGCGAGAGGGACGGCUCACAUCUUCGUCAACCAAUACAUGACCAAGUGGGGAUGUCCGACUACGUUAUUGUCGGACAACGGACUGCAUUUCUGCUCGAAGAUCUCCAUGGCGAUCUACGAGGUGAUGAAGAUCAAGAAGGUCACCACCAGCUCCUACCACCCACAGACCAACGGCGGCACUGAACGCGUCAACCACACGAUGGCCCAGAUGCUUGCGGUGGUCGUCAACGAACAGCAAAACGAUUGGGACAUACAUCUCCCGCACGUUGAGUUUGCCUACAACAAUUCCGUGAACCAGUCUACUGGAUUUGAGCCAAACGAGAUCCACAUCGGACGCAUCCCGCGACUCCCGCUUUCGGUCNCCCAGAUGCUUGCGGUGGUCGUCAACGAACAGCAAAACGAUUGCGACAUACAUCUCCCGCACGUUGAGUUUGCCUACAACAAUUCCGUGAACCAGUCUACUGGAUUAGCGCCAAACGAGAUUCACAUCGGACGCAUCCCGCGACUCCCGCUUUCGGUCUUCGAUCAUCCCACGGUAGGUGGUCAUCAAAGCUUGGCCCGCGACCAACUCGAGUGUUGCAACCUGGCUGUCGAUCGCCAGCGCCGGGCCUACGAACUUGUCCGUGAGUACAACGCUUAA